UCUUCCAGCCCCGCCGUUGCUUCCGUCCGGCUCGCUUUCGAUGAUGCCAAGCUCUCGGGGUGAAAGGUCACGAGCAUGGCGCUGGCCUCUCGUCUGCUCCCGCGUCAGCUCCUCACCCGGUUGCUCCCCGGCGGGGCCGCCGGAUUGCGGAACCCCGGGGCGGCCCCUCUGAGGCCGCUGUGGGCCGGGCUCUGCUGCUCGUGCCGCCGCCGCCUCGGCUCGGGGGCGGCGCUGUGUCCGCGCCGCCUGGGGCUCUGGCCCGCCCCGGGGGUCCCCGCAUCCCUGGCCGCCGGCCCCGCGGGUCCCCGGCGCGGGUACAGCAGCGACGGGCAGCGCCCGGCGGCUAGCAGGAUGAUCGUCCUGGGCUUCUCCAACCCCGUCACCUGGGUGCGCACCCGCGUGCUCGCCUUCCUCAUCUGGGCCUACUUCGACCGCGAGUUCAGCAUCGCCGAGUUCUCGGCGGCGGCCCGGCAGGCUUUUGCUCAUGUGUCCAAAUUGCUGUCACAAUGUAAAUUUGAUCUACUGGAAGAACUUGUGGCCAAAGAGGUGCUGCCUAUAUUGAAAGAAAAGGUUACAUCACUGCCUGAUGACCACAGAAGUGCGCUUGCUGCCGACUUAGAUGAGAUUGUCUACACGUCAACAGGGGACAUCUCCAUUUACUACGAUGAGAAAGGAAGGAAGUUUGUUAACAUCCUGAUGUGCUUUUGGUAUCUAACCAGUGCCAACAUCCCCAGCGAGGCUGUCCGUGGAGCCAGUGUGUUCCAAGUUAAGCUGGGGGAUCAGAAUGUGGAAACUAAGCAGCUUCUUAGUGCAAGUUAUGAAUUUCAGAGGGAGUUCACACAAGGAGUAAAGCCUGACUGGACCAUUGCACGGCUUGAACACUCAAAGUUACUCGAAUAAUCUUCCUUGGAAAAAACAGCAUAUGGACUUUUAGCAACUGCUGUGAAAAACUAAGGAAGAAACACUUUGGAUCAUGUGUUCUUCAAUUAAUCAAGUCUGUGGAUUACUUUUGUAUUAGUUUGAGAUCCACCUUACACUGUUUUGGAAUGGUACAAUAAAGCAUUUUCCACAGA